GCGUGGGUGAGGUGGAAAGGAAAAUGACGUUAUUUGUUAGAGAGACUCCACCUCUACCCUCUUCUUUUAGGCUUUCACUCCUUCACGUAACACUUAAAUAUUAACAAAAAGCCCUUUUCAAUUUCCAAAAUCUAUGUCACUCCUUGUAAUGCUCCUCACAUCACACCCAAAUUCUACUCACCCCGUACCAAACCCAACCCCGUUCUCAUUCUUAUUCUUUCCCUUAUUUCUAGGACUACACGCCCGUUCCAACUCAACACCACCCUUAACACCACUUCAAAACGACCCUACUACCCUAAAACCUCUUCAAGUACUCGCGCUUUUUUCAAUCUUCAUCCAUUCUUCCCACACUCUUCAAGAUUCCACAACAACCUCUCACGGGGUUCCCAUUCUUGCGUAAAGUCUCAAUCUUUCGCCCAUGUCGAACAGGGUCAUGCACCGGCCGUCGAACCGGCACCAGCCCCUGUUGCAGCGGCAGCCGUCAAAGCUGGCGACUCGAGUGGGGGAGGUGGUCGGGGGCACGGCGGCGGAGUGCGUUGCGGUGUGCUGCUGCGUCCCCUGCGGCGUGGCGAAUUUCCUGGUGCUCGCAAUCUACAAGGUGCCGGCGGCCUUGUGCCGGCGAAUGCUGAAGGAAAGGCGGCACCGGAAGAUUGCCAAGGAGGGAUUGCUGAGACCCACGCGCCGCCACUGCUCGUGCGGGUGCUGCGAGGACGUUACCGUUGCGCGGAUAUUCCCCAUGUGCGCCAACGACGCGUUUGACAUCGAACACCUCCACUCGCCGGAGCCCGACAGUGACGACGACACACUCGCUCUGGAGAAAGAGAUGUGGGACCAGUUUUACAACACCGGCUUUUGGAGAAGCUCUUCUAACAGAGAACGGAGAGAACCCUCACAAACACAAACGCAAACGCAAACGCAAACGCAAACGCUCUCUUCCAAUGUUGUUCCCCAACCGAACAUCUUUUCUUGAACCCUCCCUUUACAAUACAAGUUGUGUGAAAUUCUGUGGCAGGUUUCGUUUGUGUAAAGUAUUGUCAAGUUUCAGAUGAUGGUGCGCAAGAUUUUGUGCUGCUAGUCGGUAAUUUUUGGUUGAAAUUCCUGAUGGAAGUUGUGGGCAAUUGAAAUUUGUUUGUAGUGUUGUUUAGAGAAGCAGAAGAAAAUGGGUGAAUAGGAGAGAGUAAAUGAUAUAAUUGAUGUGGGGCAUAUGAAGUGUUUGAUUUUACAGUUAUAGGUGUAUGUAUGCAUGGAAGAAGGUAAGAAGAGAAAGAAAUAAUAGAAAGGAUGGAAAGUGCAGGUGGUUCAGAAGCAGGGGGUCCGGGCGUGGUAAAGAAGGACGUUAUGCCAUUUGUCUCCCUUUUAACUUGUCUCCACACAUGGAUACCACGUUUUCUUUGUUCUUCCUAAUUACUCUGACACAUUAUUAUUUUUGAGCGUACUCUCAGAUAAGAAUAAAGCAACUAUACAAACAUAGCUCAAUCACACUUCUUUCUGGAAAUCAUUCACAGAUUCUUUCCAUCCAUCUGUAC